CGCAAGGAAUCGCGUGUGAGGCGCAGAGCAGGAACACCCCUUUGAACGGCAGAUUCUCUGUGAAAAGCUCGGAGAGAGUCGGUUCGCCGCUUAUGACCGCGCCGAAAUCACGCUCCGACCGAUCCAUGCCUCUCAGAGACUCCUCCUCCGAGAGAAUGGAGGGCACCGGUAGCUGGGACGCCCUCGAAUGGACCAAGAUUGAGCCGGUUUCGCGGUCAAUUUCGUAUACGAAUUUGGAGUUCUUGAUUGAGGCAGAGCAAGUCAUAGUGGAGGGUUAUGGUGUUGUUCUCGUUAACACUGAUGAGGCAGGUACUUUGCUAGUAACCAAUUAUCGACUUCUUUUUCUGAGUGAGGGAACAAGGAAUAUUAUCCCCCUGGGUACUAUACCAUUGAUGACAAUUGAGAAGUUCAACAAAAUUGCUUCGAAGAUGCAAUCAGCUCCUCGCCAGUCUGACAAGAGUCCAUCUCGACGACUUCUCCAGGUUAUUGGGAAAGACAUGAGAAUUAUUGUCUUUGGAUUUCGACCUCGAACAAAGCAGAGACGUGCAGUAUUUGACGCAUUGUUGAGGUGUGCGAAGCCACCAAGACUCUGGGAUCUUUAUGCUUUAAUUUCUGGGCCUUCCAAGUUCAGUAACACUAACCCACAGUUGCGAUUAUUAAAUGAAUAUUUUCGGCUUCUUGGAAAGGGCUUUUCCCAUGCAUCAGUAAGCAUGGUUGAAGAUGGUUCUUUCACAUUGUCCAAUGACUUAUGGAGAAUAAGUAGUGUAAAUUCCAGCUAUACAAUCUGCCAGACUUAUCCAUUUUCCUUGAUUGUACCAAGUUGCAUUACUGAUGAUGAUUUGCUUCAAGCUUCCAGCUUUCGAGCAAGAUGUCGAUUGCCUGUAAUUACGUGGUGUCAUCCAGGAACGGGAGCAGUUCUUGCGCGGUCAUCCCAACCAUUAGUUGGUCUUAUGAUGAACAUGAGGAGCAAUACUGAUGAGAAGCUUGUUGCUGCACUUUGUACUCAACUUGGUGGUGCAGGGGGAAAAAGGAGGAAGUUAUACAUAGCUGAUGCUAGACCUAGAAAAAAUGCUUUGGCUAAUAGUGCAAUGGGAGGUGGCUCGGAGUCCUCUUCAAACUAUUUUCAAUCUGAGGUAGUUUUCUUUGGGAUAGAUAACAUCCACGCGAUGCGAGAUAGUUUUGCUCGGCUAAGAGACUACUUGGAUACACAUGGUGCAAAUUCAUCAGAUGGAAUGUCAUCAUUCUUGAGACAUGGUGGGUGGACCUGGGGUGGAGGCAAUCUCAGCAGUAUGUCUGUUUCAGUAUCGAGUCUUGGAGACAGUGGUUGGUUAAUACAUAUACAAAGUAUCUUGGCUGGCUCAGCUUGGAUUGCUGCACGUGUUGCUUUAGAAUCAGCAUCUGUACUAGUUCAUUGCAGUGAUGGUUGGGAUAGAACAACUCAACUCGUUUCGCUUGCCAGUUUGAUGCUUGAUCCAUAUUAUCGAACUUUCACAGGGUUUCAGGCACUUGUUGAAAAAGAUUGGCUCGCAUUUGGCCAUCCAUUUUCAGAUCGUGUGGGCUUGCCAACUGUAUCUGGUGGUGUGAAUGUACCUUUUGAAUUAUCAAGGCAGUCUUCCACUGGAAGUUUUUCGUCAUCACCCAUGCGCCAACCAUCAGGAUCCUAUGGAUCUCAAAAUCCUAAUUCGUCGCAUCAUUCAAACAAUUAUUCUCCCAUAUUUUUGCAGUGGAUUGAUUGUGUUUCACAAUUGUUGCGGAUGUAUCCUUUUGCUUUCGAGUUCUCAUCAGCUUUCUUAGUGGAUCUCUUGGAUUGUGUGCUUUCCUGUCGCUUUGGGAACUUCUUGUGUAAUAGUGAAAAAGAGAGGCAGCAAUGUGGUAUUUCUGAAGCUUCUGGAUGCUUGUGGGCAUAUUUGGUUGAGCUACGUGUUGGAGAAGGAAAUUCACAUGUGCACUAUAACCUCUUUUAUGAUCCACUGAAACACGAUGGUCCAAUAUUGCCACCAGCUGCAGCUCUAGCACCAACUCUUUGGCCUCAGUUCCAUCUUCGUUGGUCUUGUCCCACGGAAGCACAAGCUGCAGAAGCUGAAGCUGAAUGCCGUAAGAUGGCUUUUAAAUUUUCCGAAUUGCAGAAGGAAAAAGAAGCUGCAGAAAAGAAAGCUAGGGAAAUAACCACUGCAAUGGAAUCUUUAAGUGCAGAAUUACGAGAUGUAAAGCAUGUCAGCAGCUCAGCUAUGAGCUUGGCCAAGAGAGCCGGCAAGGAAAGUGAGGCUUUAAAGCGAGCAAUACAAUCACUUGGAUGCAAGGUCCACUUCUCACGAAGUGGUGAUUGCACUCUUGAUAUUGAAAAUAGCUUGAUUGUUGCUCCACAGAAAUUUAAUUAUUCUCCUUCAAGGAGAGAAUCAGAAAGUAUCAUGCAGAACGAUGAGAAAUCCGAUCUCUCCGUUUCAAUUACAGUUGCAGCUGAUGAUGUUGCUCCUGGCAAUCCAAUUAGUCGAGUGUGUGAAACCUUAUGUCCGCUACGCACUCGAGACGGAGGCUGCAAGUGGCCAGAUGCAGGAUGUGCUCAGCUCGGCAGCCAAUUUGUCGGAAUGAAGGCAAAUUUUGAUGCAUUUGACCGACUUUCUAUUUAUGAUGGUUACUUUCAGCCCGAAUGAUUUCUGGUUUAAGAUGAAUUUUUCGUAGUCCAUCAAUUGGAAUCGGUGAAAGUUUGCCUCUUCACAGUGCAUAGUAGAUCAUCAUAUACAGUUCAGAAUUAGAUCUCUUGGUUAGAGUAGUUCAGAGGCUCUUUUUUUCUUUCUUUUUCCCCCCUUUCUUUUUCGAAGCUUGCCGUCAAAUGGACCCUGGAUUUCGGGAUGGGUCUCGGGACUCUGUACAGAGAAUAUAGAGUUAGCUCUGGACCAUCUUAUUGGCAUGGACUCUUGAGAAAUGGCAAGAACAAAGAGUUGGAAAUCAUGGAAUAGAAGCUUGUAUUUUGGUGGUCCUCAUCGCAUUCAAUUUUCAAUAAGUGAAACAUAGACAGCUGAAUACAUUGCCAUUCAUUUCCCAAAUAAGGUUGGCCUUUGUACAGGUUUCGGUCUAUCUAUUAAUGUGCUGUAACUUUCUUCACCAAGUUAUUUUGUUGAAUAUUUUUAGUAGCAAAAAAAAAAAAGAGUAAAUAAAGUUUCUUGUAAGGCUCUUUAUCCCA